AAAAUCAAAAUAAAUAUUGUUACUGUUACCAAAGUAUUAUGUGCAUCAUCGCAUGUCUGACUCAGUGUUGCUUCAAUUGAGUUUGAACAUGUUUGUAGGAGGAAAGUUUAUAGUUAUAUAGUCCAUAAAUACAUGAUUUAUGAAAUGGACUAGUAGUUUCUUUGUUUUUUGGCAGAGAGAUCAGACGCAGAUAUGAAAAAGCUUAGCAGAAAAUGGACAAACAAAUCCUCAGAUGAUUAUACUGAAGAAGAUGAUAAUAUUGAUGAUGAUGACAAGUAUACUCUCCCAACCCGUGAUGAUUUCCAACCCCUUGACACCAAUGAACAGGAAGAGCUGGUUAGAUCCUUGGAAAAGACUCUAGCCCACCAAUCUUUCCUAUGGAAGUGUGUGUUUGCAUCCUUUAUCGGUUGUUACAUGGCAUUUCUCAUUUUCUCAAUCUACCAGCAGGCUCUAUUUCCAUGGGAACUGCGUUAUCAUGCUUACUUUAUGAAGGAGAUCGACAGUUGGAUCGUGAUAUCUGCAGAUUGGGCAGCAGUUUUAGUUUGCUCAAUAGCAGUAGCAGGGUUGCUCCUUAAUUCUAGAGAUCAGAGGCACUGGCUUUGGUAUUCCUGCUUUGCUGGCAUUCUAAUUGCAGUAUUCUGGUUGUAUCAAAUGCUCAAAUUGUCAAAGUUUAGAUGGGAGGUUAUAUGGCUACCUUUUGGCCCACUGAGCGCUGCUGGGGUCAGUUUAUACGUGGACCAUCUACUGAAUGAAUCGUCUGAAGAAGUAAGAAAGCUUCGGGGUUACAUGUACUCGUAUAAGGCCAGCUGAGCAUUCUUUAUCAAUCCACUGUACCCGGAUGAUGAUAGUAGCACUCUGGAAUAUCUCCAAAGUGUGUGUAGUCUGUCUGGUUGCAGUACUUUGAUUAAACUGUAUGUAGAAACACCUCUUUGAGUGGAAGGGGAAAAGGCACCCAGAAACAGUCCUCAUCCAGUGGUUGACGAGCACAGUUCUAAUGUUUUAUGUAUUCAGUCAUCGGAAAGCCAGCUCUCAGUGUUCUGUAGGAGCUAUUUACUUAGCAAGCCAGCUCUUGUGUCAUAUAGGAGCUUUGAAUUAUGUUAAUCUAGCUUUACUAUUCAUCCUCUUAAUUCAUAUGAUACUGAAUAUGAACUGUACCUAUUUUGGCCAUUGCGAGUUCUUAGAAAAACCUUGAACCUUUUAUGAAAUUUAUAUUCUGUUAAA